AUGCUGACGCUUAUAAGCGCCACGCCAUCCCCCUACGCGCGCAAGAACCGAAUCGCUCUUCUCGAGAAAGGCAUCCCUUUCGAACUCAAGACUGAAAUUCCAUGGCACAGUACGACCGAGACGCCAAAGUACAAUCCACUUGAGAAGCUUCCUAUCCUCAUCUUCGACGAUGGGCGACCGCCGAUCUACGAAUCUUGGUAUAUCCAGGAGUACAUCGUGCAGAAGUACAGAGGUCAGGGACCGACGUUGAUGCCAGAUGACCUGGAUGACCAACUGUUCGUAAGGCAGAUCCAAGUUCUUGCGGAUGGAGCAUGCGACGCGCUCUCGCUGGUUUUCUUUGAGCUGGCGAGAGGAGACUUGAAGAGUACGGAGUGGCUGGACAGGCAAAUGAGGAAGGUGAAUGGUGUUUUAGUCGCGGCAGAUGAGCUUGUCAAAAAGAGCGGCGAACGGAAGUUUUUAGUCUGUAACGAGUUCUCUGUGGCGGAUAUUGCGCUUGGUUCAAUGCUUGGAAUGAUGAGCAUGAUCGAGAAGAAGUUUGGGAUUGUUCAGUUUCUGGAGAAGUAUCCUGAUCUGAAGAGAUAUUGGGAGUGGCUGGAAGAGCGCCAGAGUUUCAAAGAUACCCAGCCAAAGAUGUUUGAGCUGACGGAGAAGGUUGCGUAA